AUACUAAUAAUAAUAUCUAAUUUCCCUUUUGUAAAAAUAUAAAAUCAUAUUGAACAAUGAACAUAAGUACUUCAAUUCCUUGCAUCCCAAGUUUUAAAACCCACAAAAAAUCCAAUUAUCACCAAUGUUAGUCAAGCUGACCAACUAAUCAAAAAAUUAAAAAGACAUUUUAAAAUAUUUUUUUUUUAAAUUAAAAAGAAAAAAAAUAAAUUACAAAGACGACAUGAGUAGGGUUUUAUGUGUUUGAGGCUCGCCGCCUCCUUGUCCAAUUAAAUUUUAAUUAAUAUACAUUUCGUACCACUUAAUAUAAAAUAAUAAAAAUACCAAAACAAAUCACAAAUUUCGGUAAACACUCCUAUAGUCCUAUAUAACUAGGAAAGCUAUUCCUUCUUCACAUAACAUACGAAAAAACAGCAAUUUAAUUUUCUUUUUAAUCUCAAAAUGAAAACCUAAUUUUCUCCUCCAUAAUGAAAUAGCAGAGCUUUUAAUUUUCUUUCAAUCACCAUGAUUUAGCAUUCGAUUUUCUCUCUCCAAUAAUUGGAAAACAAUUCUUGAUUGUUGGAAUUGGAAUUGAUUCUUCAAUGAAGAUUUUAACCGGAAACACUCUGUAUGAUUUCACGGUCGUGCAAAACGACACGGCGGCGCCGUGUGCCGGCGAAGAGGAUAUUUUCCAGAUUGAAUUCCGGUAUCGGAACUUUCAAUCACGAUCACAAUCUUCAAGAUCAAUUCGAAUCCCUCGGAAUCAAACUUCAUCGAUGAUGAUGAUUGAUACGUUGCAGGAAUUCGAGGUUCCGGAAACAACUCGGUCAGAUAUGGCGGCGCACUUCGAUUUCUUCGUCGAUAGAUUAUCGCGAAGAAGUUGUAAUCGGAGAGGUUCGAUUUGUGUGACGGUAAGUUUGGAUGCGAAGGAGUUUUCGCCGGAGAGAGCGGAGGCGAUACAGAGGAGGAUCGAGUCAGGGAGGAGAGAGAGUGAGAGAGGUGUUCGGAGAGUUGCGGCGGUGGCGGAGAUGGAGGUGGCGCCGCCGUUAGAAGCGGUGGUGGAGGGGUUGGAAAGAAAGAGAGUGGCGGAGGUGGAAGACGAGAUAGAAUGUUCAAUAUGUUUGGAAAAAUUAGGUGUCGGGACGGAAGUGAUAAUGUUACCCUGCUUGCAUGUUUAUCAUACGGAUUGUAUCAUACGGUGGCUUGAAAGGACUCAUUUUUGCCCGUUCUGCCGAUUUAAGCUACCUUGUUGAUUGUUGACUGAUUCUUUGAUUUGUUAGUAUUUUUCCGAAAAAAGCAAAAUAAAAACAUGAUUAUUAUUUUGGAUGAUUGUUUUUAAGCAUGAUUUUUGGUUAAGAAUAAGUCAAGGAGUAUUUUUUAUUUCUAUAUACUUUCAAGUUUCAUAUACGAGUGAUGAACAUUGAACUGAACAUAAGUAGAGUGCUUGUUUUUUGUUACAAAGAAAAAUUGAAAAUGUAAAAAAAAUUCCUAUUGUACAUAAUUUUCGUAAGUGUAAAGCAUGUUUGAUUCUUGAAAAUUCGCAAUAAAUACUCCAUAUUACA